UAAAGCUGAGCAAUAUAAAAGAUUUGCAGUUUUUCACAUAUGUACACUUUUAACAUGCUGGUACCAACGCCAAGCUGGAUUACUUUGCUGCUGUUACUUUCCAGACAUGGUGUCGAGGGAAUACUUAGCUUGGCCUGUGAGGGUGACACAUUAAAACUGCGAUGUGACUGGGGUUACAUAAGGGUCAAUAGCGCCAACUAUGGGCGGCUUUCAAUAUUUUUAUGCUCUAGAGGGAAAUCAAAAGAACAAGUCUCAAAUUAUCAGUGCUUACAAGAAGGAACCCUCCCAAUAGUGUCCAUGAGGUGUGACGGGACGAAAAGAUGCUCGGUUCCUGUACAGAACUCAAUUUUCUCUGACCCGUGUUAUGGAAUUGCCAAAUACCUUGAUGUGAUUUAUUCGUGUUUACCAUUUAAAACAAGUGUUAUCUGUGAAGGUAGCCGAAAUGACAUUCAAUGUGAGACUGGUGUUAUUCGGGUUAAACACGCCAACUACGGACGGAGAGACAAAACAACCUGCAGUCAUAAACAGGCAACUACAGCCGAAUGUUUCUCUCCUCAGACUAAACGCUUUCAAUAUAGCUGCGAUGGAAAGAAGUCAUGUUCUCUUCAUGCUACGAGUUCUGUCUUGGGCGAUCCUUGUUUUGGUGUUCAUAAGUAUUUGGAGGUGGCUUACAUUUGUAAAUAA